GCGUGCAGCGUUCCCUAGCUGCCUCCCCUCUCCUCACACUCCACACACACACACACACACACAACCCCUCCGUGUCCCGCUCCGCUGGCAGCUGCCUGUGCUCCCCCCAUCUCACCCGACGAAAAACACUUUCGGGAAGAAUAAAGUUUUUUCCCCUCACGGACCUGCCGCUCAGCCAGUCUCUACUCGCAGCCAAACCGUGGCCUAGCAGGAGGAACGGCUCGACUAUGUGGAGAAAGAAGCGGGCUCUUGGGGAACCCCUGGCUUGUCUCGUGUUACUGGUGACGCUGGUCGAUGCUUAUCGGUUCCUGAGCCAGAGCACAGCCUCGCAGUUCCUGAGCAGGCACAGGAGGGCCAACUCACUGUUUGAGGAGAGCAAGAAGGGCAACCUGGAAAGGGAGUGCAUCGAGGAGCUGUGCAACAAGGAGGAGGCCAGGGAGAUCUUUGAGAACCAACUGGAGACGGAAUACUUUUACCCUAAAUAUGUUGCGUGUCUGGGUUCGCACCGUGUCGGCAUAAAUAACCAGCACUCAAAUGCCGGCAUCCCCUCUAACCUUCGCACCUGUGUGCAAGAGAUCAGCAAUCAGUGCACGCCGUUUCCAUGCUACAAGGAGGGUACAGAGCACUGCGAGGAUGGCAUGGCCGCCUUCACGUGUGUGUGCAAGCAGGGCUGGAAGGGGCCACGCUGUGAUGAAGACGUCGAUGAGUGUUCGGAUCCUGAACUUCAUGCCGGAUGUAAUCAAAUAUGUCAGAAUAUCCCAGGUAGCUUCCACUGCAUGUGUGAAGAAGGCUACAUACUCACCCACAACAUCAACUGCAUGGAUGUCAAUGAAUGCCUGCUAUACCACAGUAUCUGUGGAAGACAAGCUGAAUGUGUCAACAUACCAGGCACUUACGACUGCAAAUGUCCUGUGGGAUAUAAAUAUAACUUCACCUCCAGGACAUGUGAUGACAUGGAUGAGUGCGAGAUGAAUGUGUGCAAGGGGGUUUGUAUAAACACUCAGGGCAGCUUUUCAUGCUACUGUGAUGGCCGCCAGGGUUUGCAUCUGGCACAGGAUAGGCGGAACUGCCACAGGAUCCCCGCGUGUCUCAGUCUGUUUGAGGAAAAACACCCUGAGAUGCUUUACCUGGGAGAGCAGUUCGCAGGCCUUCCUGUCAUCUACCUGCGCUUCCGCCUGCCGGAGAACACAAAGUUUGCAGCCGAGUUUGACUUGCGUACUUUUGACCCAGAGGGAGUUGUUCUGUAUGCUGAGUCUUCUGAGGGCUCGUGGUUCAUGGUGGGACUCAGGGGCGGUCGCAUUGAAGUCCAGUUCAAAAACCAGCACACAUUUAAGGUUACCAGCGGAGGAAAAGCAAUCAAUGAUGGACAAUGGCAUGUGAUCUCUGUGGAUGAGCUGGAGAGUAGCAUCAGUGUGAAGAUCAGCAAGGAAGCUGUGAUGAGCAUUAACAGCCCUGAGAGUCUCUUUACAUCAGUCAAUGGCAAACUGGAAACCAAAGUUUACAUUGCUGGCCUGCCUAACCGCACCGACAAUGUCAUCAAGCCUAUCAACCCCAGGCUGGAUGGCUGCAUCCGGGGCUGGAACUUGAUGAAUCAGGGGGCGUCUGGGGUAAAGGAGGUCAUCCAGCAGAAGACAAGUAAACACUGUUUCGUGCAUGUAGAACGAGGAUCUUUCUUCACUGGGAAGGGACUAGCACACUUCAACAUAGACUACAGUGAUUCUGGAAGCUGGAAAAUGGAUAUAAAGAUGAACAUUCGUCCAUCCAGCAGCACAGGUGUCCUCUUUGCUGUUGUCCACAACAACACAGUGCCCCUGUCAGUGGCUGUUGUAACAAAGGGAGAAGAUGUUGCCAACUUGCAGGUGUUCCUGCACGAUGCCUCGGUGGCCACGCUGGACACUGUGAUGCUGUGUUACCCUGAUCGGCUGAUGGUGCAGCUGAACGUGACUCCCACAGAAAUACUGAUCUCAGCCGACUCCUCCAGUGUGACAUACAUGGAGUCCAGUGCCCUGCAGAAGGAGCUGGAAUACCUCAACAGCACCAUGCAAAACCCCGUCAGCACAUACAUUGGUGGAAUACCCGAAGACAUCCCUUUGCCUACCACCCCUGUGACGGCCUUUUACCACGGCUGCAUGGAGAUCAGUAUCAAUGGCCAGCAGCUGGACUUCGAUGAAGCUCUCAGCAAACAUAACAGCAUCAAGUCCCACUCGUGUCCUCCUGUCACUACCUCGGAUGAUGACCGAGAGGUGGCACAGAUGUACAGAAAGUGACCCGAUUUAAAAAAGCACAUUGCAUUAAAAAGCCCUUAAAUUAGGCAGAGUCCCACAGGGGAAACUUCUUGGGAUAUUUUGGAAAGAGAAUCUAGAGAGGAGGAGAAGAAGAGACGGAGGCAGAGAGUGAUUUUAAGCUUUUCAUCUCUACAGUGUUCUUGUUUGUACCCUGACCUAUUUUGUUCUGGUAUUGCUUUAGUGAGUCACAACAAAGGCUGGCUUACCAGUGAGGUAGCCGGAAGCUGGAUGACAUAGGUGUAGCAGUUUUUGUCUGGAUUAAGUUGUUUUCCAGGAAAGUGGAAACAAAAAGGAGCUGAGCUCUGCAGCGUGCAUGCCAUGAGUUGAGCAACAGAUGGUUAUGUUUGUGUAGAAAAAUAAACAAAUGGUCACUGCUGACCAGGCUGUGAGACCACCUGCAUCUUCGUCCCUGCUGCUGCUGAAUCAUGGUACUCUCUCUAAAUUGUUUAAAAACAACUAGUUGAAAUUAAUGUUUGUGGCAGGAGAAACCACAGAGGAGAUAUCUGAGCCUUCAGGCGUUCCUAUCAAAUUCUGUUUCAUCUCCUUUGUUUAAAUCACCAUCUGGAGUUCUGCAUUUCCGAAGCGUUGCUUCAAUUUACCACUCUUGUCAUCAGAGGUGUACACCAGUCAUAAUUACAGCAUUUAUUGUUCUCCUGUUUCUGUCCUUAUCUUAAGGGCUCUCCUGGUUGUCAUUUGUUUCCACUUUGUAUAUAAAACAUGCCAUCUUUAAUAUAUAACUUAAAUGUAGUUGUUUGGUGUUGUGUUUGAUGUUUGUUUUAAUAAAACUGUAUCAAAGCAACCUUA